CGCGUCCCUCUGAAGACUACGGAAGAGACACAUUUUCUAAGUCAAUUCAAUUAAAUUUUAAAUUUCACUGACGAUUAGAUAAAUUGGAAAGUUUUUUUAUAAUUACGCAUAGAAAAAAUGGCAGAAAUAACGCACAGUUCGAAAGGUAGCGAUACGAGCGAUAUUGAUAGUUAUUUGAACAACGAGGAUACCAGAAUCGAUAUACGUCUUCGAUUCGAAAACCUUCUGGACGACAGCACCACCGAUGACGAAGAAUCAACAACGCCAGAAAUUGACAAUCAACAUUCUAAGAAAAAUACACUGACUCAAGCCACCAUCAAUCAACGGUCGUCACAGCGGCCUCGAUCGGAAGACGAAUCCGACGAGGUUAUACUUUCUCUGAUAUGGAGCAGAGGUCAUUUGGGUGCAGCAUAUUACAAUAUCCCAACAUCCGAAUUGUUCGUUAUGGACGACAUGAUGGACUCUGAUCACAACAUUAUGCGAACGCUGUACAGACAGACCGAUCCUCGUUACGUUGUAACGACAACAGCAAUGGCCGACAGCUUCCUCAACGAGAUUAAAAAAUUAGUUUUAAGCGAUGCCAUGAACGAAAAAGAAGGAACGACCGCUGCGUCUUCCUCGUCAAACAUCAGCGCCGUUGGUGCAUCUCUCGAUAUUUUACCCAAAAAAGAUAACACCGCUGACAAUUGCUAUCAUCGCGUCUUGUGUCUCAAACUCAAUUGCGAACCGGAGGACGCUAGCAAUGCAGAGCGAAAAACCUUCUUGAACUCACUCCUCAAUUUCGAAUCCACUUUGAUGAUACACGCUUUGGGACUGUUGCUCAAAUACAUCGAUGUCAAUUGGAACAAACUGACUCUCAAUCCCAACGGACACGCCGAAUUUAUUCACAUUUCCUACGUCAUGCUUGAAGAUUCGGUAAUGAUCGACGAAGACACGUACAAAGGUCUAGACAUAAUAAAGUCCCGAUAUCAUCCAAGUUUAUUCAAAUUUGGAUCUUUGGAGAACAAAAAUCAGGGCUUAAGUCUCUUCACUCUUUUGAAUCGCUGCCAAUCACGACCAGGAGUUUCUUACUUGUGGAAACUUUUGCGACAUCCUACCAGAGACACAAAUGUUUUGAGCAAAAGAUUUGAAGCGAUUAAAUUCUUCUUAAAUCCAGACAAUCAAAACAUCGUUGAAACUCUAAAAAGCAGCUUAACUCAGGUUUGUCGCCUUCCGAGCAACAUACUCAAUCGAUAUUCUGCACCGCGUGCCAAAGUUUCAGACUGGAGCAGAUUGCAAAAGACUCUCUGUCAAAUCAUGUGCAUCGGGGACAUAUGUUCGGAACAUCGGAAUUCGAUAUCAAUUUUUGCCAAACUUGCUAACAGUAUCACACCGGACAUGCACUGCGUAAGAUACUUCAUCGAGUAUAUUAUCGAUUUUGAUUUGAGCAAAUCUCAGGGAAAACUCGUUAUGAAAGAUGGAGUCGAUCCUCAAUUAGACGAGCUCAACAACCUUAGACUAAAAUUGCCACAAUUGCUUUCGGAAGCAGCAGAAAAAGAUAUGAAAAAAUAUCCGUCAAUAAUGGAAAAAUGCAGAAUGAUUUAUCUACCGGAUAUACGCUACGUUUUGGCAAUAACCGAAGGUACAUCAUCCGGCGACGAAACAGCAAUCCCAGGAUUGGAGUUCAAAUUCACGAUCAACGGAGUACGACAUUACAAAAGCGAUGGAGCCAGAGAAUUGGACAACACCAUAGGUGAUAUUUUGUUCAAAAUAACGACACGCCAGAGCCACAUUCUACUGCGAUUGGUUAGAUUUCUUAGUAAACACGUAGGAUCGAUUUUGAAAUCCCUCGAAAUCUGUGCUGAAUUGGACACUUUGCUGGCAUUUUCCAUGGUAGCGCGUGACCACAAUUACGUAAUGCCACAAAUGGUGUUAACGAAAACCAUAGAUAUAAAGCGUGGUCGUCAUCCUCUGAAAGAACUUAUCGUGAAUUUUGUUCCGAAUGACACGCACUCGAGCAACGAAAGCAGCCUCAUAAAAAUUCUCACAGGACCGAACGCUUGUGGUAAAAGUAUUUAUUUGAAACAACUUGCUCUGAUCGUUUUUAUGGCACACAUAGGAAGUUUUGUGCCGGCGGAAUCAGCGACUAUUGGAAUAAUUUCGCACAUUUUUACCCAACUUCAUUCCACUGACAGUUUGGCACAAAAUGCUAGCUCGUUUCUUCUGAGCUUGCGACAAAUAAAUGUUGCUCUUUACGGCUCGACGCCGAGCAGCCUGGUGAUUUUUGACGAGUUUGGUACUGGAACAACAGAAAUCGAUGGAGCAGCUCUGUUAACAGCGGUUUUGAAAAGUUUUUACGAUCGAGGUAUCCAAUGCCCUCAUAUAUUUGCGGCAACUCACAUCCAUCGCGUCAUUGAGCUUCUGCCACAGAGUCGAAUGAUUGAGGCUCAGACAUUCGAAUUUUUAUCGAACGAGUCAAACGAUUUGGUAUUUCUCUAUCGGCUUAUAAGUGGAAAAACUUCGUGUAGUUUUGCACAUUCCGUUGCUAAAAACGCUGGCCUCGCCGAAGAUGUUGUGCAUCGUGCACUCGAGGUUUUUGAGGCGAAAAAACGUGGGAUUUUACCACCUCCGUUGCCACAAUUCGACGAGCAGGAAAAAACGAUGAUACACAUCAUGGAACUCGUAUCAGAUCCAAGUGGAAAGAUAGACCUCGAAGAACUGAAAUUGUGGGUGAGACAAGCAACGGGAAAACCACAACACAAAUAAUUUUCAAGAGAAACAAUUUGGAGUGAAUUUCAUCUGUGAUAUUCCCAAUUCAUUUAGUAUUUAAUUCUUUUCAGUAAUCCUCGUUAUUUCAAAAGAAUAACUGCUUCCUUAAUUUCUUUUCUAUUUCUCGUAAAAACUCCAAUGUUGAGAGAAAUUUUCGUUUUCUUAAUUCUUUAGUAGAUACGUUUUUUUCUAGAAUCAGUGAUCUAUAUCUGGUUAUUUGAUUUUAGAUUAAUCGAAAUUUUUUAUCUUGUGACAUAAACCCAAAAAUUCACGUAAUUUCGUUCAGUUCGUUUAACGCCUCUAUAAAGACGUUUUUACAAAAAUCAAUGUGGUUUCCUUGUUUAAAACAAAACUGACAUUUCUCAUAAGUUUUGUGAACAAUUGGAAAAUUAUAUAAUUUUUAAUUUUCUUCGUUCUUUCCCGGUACUAUGAAAAUCUAGUUUUGAGUUUUUAUUCACUUGUCAAUCAACAUUAGUCGAAAAGCAAAGAUUUACAAAAAAUGAAAUUGUAACCAUAAUAUCCCUUUGCUGAGAAAAAAAUCAUUAACAUAUA